AUGUCUGAAUUUCCUACAAAGACAUAUACUGUGGCCUCGACAGGCCACACAUAUGAUUAUAUCCGCAUCCAGGCAUCCGCUCCAAGCAAAAGUACAAUUGCGUUCUUCCAUGGCUUUCCUGCUGUUGCCUCUGGAUGGCGACACCAGAUUAAGCACUUCGUCGAUCAAGGCUACGGAAUCAUAGCCCCAAAUGCGCUUGGCUAUGGCGGCUCUUCCAAGCCAGAAUCUCCAUCUGAGUAUCGGAGUCGGCUAGCGAUUGCAGCUUUCGCGGAGAUCCUAGAUCAUGAGAAUAUCGAUACCUGCCAUGGAGUUGGCCACGACUUUGGAUGUCUCUUCCUGUCGAGACUGUAUAACUACCACCCGAAGAGAUUGUUGAGCUUGACAUUCAUUUCGGUACCUUAUAAUGCUCCAGGAGUUCCGUUUGAUCUUGAAGCGGUGAACCAGUUGACCAAGAAAAUGAUUGGGUUUGAGAAGUUCGGAUAUAUCCAAUUCCUGAUUACAGACCGUGCGCCAGGACUCAUUGAGCAGCAUCUCGCCUCAUUCCAGUCCCUUGCCUACCAUAAGGACGUCAUCACGAAAGCGGAUAACUUCUAUCCUCCAGGAAAACUCGAAGCCUGGCUAGAGGCAGAUCGAAAUGAUCACAACGUGCUUACUAACUCGGAGGAAAGUGCAGCAUGGUACGACGCGUUCAGUAAGGGAGGAUUUCGUGGACCACUCAAUUGGUACCACGGGAUGAGUGGAAAUAUCAACCAGGAGGAGGAGAAGGCUGACUUGGCAAGUGGGAAAAUGAUCAGCAAGAUCAAUGUUCCAGUACUUGUCGUAGAUGCAAAGCCGGACAAGAGCAGCAUUCCAGGCUUUAUGGAAGGGUCGACAAAACAGUAUGCAGAACAGGUGACUGUCAAGACUGUUGAGACGCAGGGUCAUUAUCCGCACAUCACUUCCAAGGAGGAGGUCAAUCAGGCAAUAGGUGAUCUGAUAUCAGGGGUUGAUUCGUGA